CCGAGCUUCUCCCUAUAAAGCGGGGCCGAAGAUUCCUCUUGCACACCACUUCGCCAGUCUCAACGAACCCACCUCGUAACAAUGCCUUCUCUCCGUCUUGGAAACACAGCCCCCGACUUUGAAGCCGAGACGACCCAGGGACCCAUCAAGUUCCAUAACUGGAUCGGCAACCAUUGGGCCAUCCUGUUCUCCCAUCCCGGCGACUUCACGCCUGUCUGCACGACUGAGCUUGCCGAGGUGGCGCGCCUCAAACCUGACUUUGAGAAGCGAGGUGUGAAGCUGAUCGGGAUCUCCGCUAACGGACUCGAGGACCACUACAAGUGGGCGAAGGACAUUGAAGAGUGGGGUGCGCAAUUUGGGCCAACGACUGUUGAUUUCCCUAUCAUUGCGGAUGCGGAUCGCAAGAUUGCCACGCUUUACGACAUGCUUGACGAGCAGGAUCCGACCAAUGUUGAUGCAAAGGGGCUUCCCUUCACCAUCCGCACUGUCUUCAUCAUCGACCCCAAGAAGACCAUCCGUCUGAUGCUUGCCUACCCUGCAUCGACUGGACGCAACUUCGACGAGAUCAUUCGUGUUACUGACUCUCUCCAGAUUGGCGACAAGCACCGUGUUACAACGCCCGCCAACUGGAAGAAGGGCGACGACGUUAUCGUCCAUCCGUCUGUUAGCACCGAGGAGGCGAAGACUCUGUUCCCCGAGCACACCGUUCACAAGCCUUACCUCAGGACCACCCCGCUCAAGGUUGAUUGAGAUGUGGCUGCAACUGAACUUGAAAGUAUGUAAUACAAGGGGUCGACUUGAAAGUAAAUAACGCUUCGGAUGUAUAUUGUCUGCUUGUAAAUUGAACCGUGCCUUGGCCGUUGAACGCGC